AUGGCAUCCCUUCGCUCUCUUUUGCUACGCUUUAUUGUUUUAUCAGCUGCCCUAAGCCAUAGCCAUGCACAGCUGACUCCAAACUUUUACAACAAAGUGUGCCCUAAGGCCUUGUCCACCAUCAAAUCCGUCGUCAUUAAUGCCAUCAGACGCGAGCGUCGAAUGGGAGCUUCACUCUUACGUCUCCAUUUUCACGACUGCUUUGUCAACGGUUGUGAUGGGUCUGUGCUAUUGGAUGAUACGGCUACUUUUACUGGAGAAAAGACUGCCUUUGCUAAUAUUAACUCGAUUAGAGGAUUUGAAGUCGUCGAUGAGAUUAAGACACGACUCGAUAAAGCUUGCAAAGGCAACGUCGUGUCUUGUGCCGACAUUUUAGCUGUUGCUGCUCGUGACUCCGUUGCAAUCCUCGGAGGGCCAAACUACAAAGUUCUAUUAGGAAGAAGAGACGCAAGAACAGCGAGUGCAGACGUUGCCAACCGAAAUCUCCCUCCACCAUUUUUCAGCUUCUCACAACUUCUAUCCAACUUCCAAUCUCAUGGCCUCGACAUCAAAGACCUUGUUGUCUUGUCGGCCGGCCACACUCUCGGGAACGCGCGGUGUACCACUUUCAGGACUAGGAUAUACAACGACACUAACAUCGACCCACAAUUCGCAGCGGCGUUGCAGGGAAUCUGCCCACAGAGUGGUGGCGAUGAGAAUUUGAAGGGCCUUGACAAGUCUCCAAAUUUAUUUGACACUGCCUACUUCAAGGCUUUGUUGACAAACAAAGGCCUUCUACAUUCCGACCAGGAACUGUUCGGCGGCGGCAACGACGACAGUGAUGGUUUGGUGAAGUAUUAUAGCAGAUAUCCAAACGCCUUUAGAAAUGAUUUUGGUUCUUCCAUGAUCAAAAUGGGGAAUAUGAACCCACUUACAGGAAGUGAUGGAGAAAUCAGAGCCAAUUGUAGGUUUGUCAAUUGA